GCAAAGUGAGGGUGGACUUCGUUGUUAUAUGGUGCAGCCUACACCAAUUCGCUACCUCUCUCUCUCUCUGUCCGUCACUCUCCCCCCCGUUCUACUUCCCAUCUCUUCCUUAAUCCCAUUUGCCAUUGUGUGUACCCAAUCGCCGUAUACUUUCCGCAUUUAACUUGGAUUACAUUUUUAUUUCAUCAUUAGCAUCCGACGCCAGACUGAUGCGGUGGACACAGUUGUAUUUUGACAAAGGAACGCACAAGACUUGGAUGCAGUAUCGACAUUUUGUCUUCUCUGAAGACUAUUUGUUUUUCAGAUGUGUCUUUUUUUACGUUCUCGAUCAGUUGCGUAGGCUUUUCAAGAAGACAUUUCACAAUUAAAAAUCGCACAGAAGAACAAUUGCGUAUUUAAUUUUUCACGACAUUUGUUUCAAGUGAAACUUUGAUAAUUUCAGUCCUUCAACACUUCGGCUACGAUUGUGGUCUACGGCAUUCGGACCACAACCACCAAGCAGCAAUGCCUGAGACGGCGCAAGGGACGUGCACUCCGGUGAAAGACUCUCCCUUCUUCAUUAAGAAUUUACUGAACUGUGAUAGUAAACCAUCCAAACCGAAGCCGGUCUUUGCCUCGGCAAAGGCUGCGUUGGAAGGGGGCUUUUCACUAUCCCAGGUCGGGGACUUCAACUUUCCUCGCUUUGAGUUACCCACACAGAGGUUUGCCUUACCCGCGCACUAUCUAGAGCGAGCCUCGGCGUGGUGGUAUCCUUACACAAUCAGCGCAGCCAGUCAUCUACACAGAACUGAAGUUGCCGAGAAGGCAAGAGUAAGAGAUUCCUCUCCAACCUCUGGCACCGACCGUGACUCGCCAGACCUGGUUCUCAAAUCUGACCGAGACGCGAAAGAAGAUGAAGACAACAAAAGUGGUGAUGAAAUAGUUCUUGAGGAGAGUGAUUCUGAGGACACAAAGAAAGACAGUGGCGUAGACGACUGGAAGAGAAACGAGGACUGUGGGGACAAGAAACCAUGUCGAAAAAAGAAAACACGCACUGUGUUCUCCCGGAGUCAGGUGUUCCAGCUCGAAUCCACUUUUGACAUGAAACGCUACUUGAGCAGUUCUGAGAGGGCCGGAUUGGCUGCGUCCUUGCACCUUACAGAGACUCAGGUAAAGAUUUGGUUCCAGAACAGAAGAAACAAAUGGAAGAGGCAGUUAGCUGCUGAACUAGAGGCUGCCAAUCUGAGCCACGCGGCUGCUCAGAGGAUAGUGCGAGUGCCCAUCCUCUACCACGAGAACUCUGCCUCAGAGACCAGCAGUGCGACCGGCAACGUACCUGUGAGCCAGCCGCUCCUCACCUUCCCACACCAUGUCUAUUACUCACACCCUAUCGUCACCUCUGUGCCGCUACUCAGACCCGUUUGAAAAACAAGAGGCUACAUCUAUAACCUUAUUCCUAACUCGUACCUGUAUAGGACAUUACACACGACAAACAAUAUUUUUCUAAAGAGGAAAACAAAACGAAAAAGAGGGCCAUGCUUUCUGUUAAAGAGGAAUUAUUGUUAAUUUAUGUAUUAAGGUGCAGUUAACAUUUUGUAUGGCGUAAUUUCACCCCAUUAGCAUCGCAUAUAUUGUUCUCAUUUAAUAUUAUACAUUUU